AUGGCGAUGUUUCUCAAUCGGCUCAUCAGGAACAAUGCACCUGAAGGCGUCGAGUUGGAUGGGGUGCAACCGGCGGGUGCCGAUUCCAAGCUAGACGCCUCGAUCGAUCCUUUUGAUGAGGCGGCGAUCAAAGGUGAGAGCCUUUCCAACCCACAGGAUGACCUUUUGAUUGGUACCAAGCCAAGCGAAGAAGAAGAAGACAACGACGACCAAGAAGACCCCAAACAACAGAGACGACGGGACAACCGACGAACCAGCGGAAGGCGUUCCAGCCGAAGUACGAGCCGUGGCCGUCGCAGCAGAAGUUCCAGCUCCGUUCGAGAUCCAAGCAGCAGAAGUGUCAGCCGCAGCAGUCGAGGCAUUGGUAGUAGGAACUCCAGCUCCCGCUCUCUUCGAGAUCCUCGAAGCAGGAGUACCUCGGUCAGCAGUAGUCGGGGCAACAGGAGAACAUCGAGUCAUGGCGGUGGGUUGGACAAAGGAGCAGUGAAGCAACAACAAAUCAUGCAGAUGCUGGAAGCCAAGUUCGUUUCAUCGGCGGCAUCGGAAGCUCCCUCUGGUCUCGAGAAAAAGACACAGUCGUUGCCAAGCUUUCACCGCCGUACCAGUAGCAGCAAGGACCAAAGCAAGACAGGCAAACGAAACUGGAGUCCUCAUGACAGCUGGAGUCCCCAAAACACCACCGUAAAUGACGGCGCCACCAUCACUAGCAGCAACAGCAGCAGCAAUUCAAUGCAUCGAAGCGCUUCCAACCCAGGGUUGACGAUCACGAAGACGGCGCCGAAAUCGAGAGAUCGUCUGACAAAGCACCCCAGCCGAUCCAACUUGCAGUCUCGCUCCGCUGACUUUCGGAGCAAUAUCACCACCAAGCAGAGUGACACCGAGACAAAGAGUGCUCCAAAGCCACCGGCGGCAAAAACUCCAAGGAGACGACGAGUCAAUUCCUUUAGCAGUGAGAGAAUGAUGAAAAUCCAACAAACUCCCGGAAAUGACACAUGUGCUGACUGCCCCACCAAGAGUCCAGCGUGGGCAGUCUUCCUCAAGAAGAAGAAUCAGGAGGGUGCCAAAAUGGCUGUCUUAUGCUGCCGCAAAUGCGCACAGCAUCACCACUACAUGCUAGGCGAGGAUCGUUGCAAAAUCAAAUACAUCAAAAUGGCGCACGAAUGGACGGAAAUCAACUUUCAAAUCUUGGAAGGAAGCGGAAACGCUGCUGUCAACGAGAUCUUUGAAGCCAGACUCACCGACAGGAGAUUCUGCAAAAAUGUUGUCAUGGACGACGAAAAGCGGGAGAAGAAGAGAAGAGCCAAAUUCAUCAAGAAAAAGUACAAAAUGAGAAAGUAUGUUGCUAGGGACGACGAGGAACGCGAACGUGCUGCGAAGCGCCGGGAAACCAUCCGCCGACGAGCGAGUUCCCGCCAGCGCCGUUCUUCUUCGAGACAACUUCGUGCAAGUGAUAUGCAUCUUAGGCGAGCCAGCACCACCACGUCAACCCGAAAGCAAAAAGACGAUCCUCCCCUCGUGCGAGCCAAUACUACUCCUCCCACGACAACACCCGAGUCUCCCAUCCAACGCCGAGAAGAAAAUACGCUACCAGAGCCUGAUAUUAUGUUGCCCAUCAUCAAACCAUCACCCAUUGUGCGAUCCAUAAGUAGUCCAACGCAAAAACGCCAACGCCACUCGGUUGCCAUCGACCAAUUACAACGUCGUGAACUUGAUGCCAUGCGCAUUACCCUGCACGAUCUGCCACCGCUUAUACGAUCCACAACGACCCCAAUGCCAAAUGUGCGCCGUGAUUCUUAUGCGUCUCAGUCAGGUACAACCAUCGACAAUUUAAAAUCAAAUUUGGACGCAUCGUGCAACCGACUCGAACAACGAUUCCAACAAAAGGUACUCGAACGGCAGAAGCUACUGGAACGACGGAGGCUUUUGGAUGAUUCCAAGUGCAACAGCCUCGAGACAACCGCAGCGGCUACAAAACCGGAGUCAUCUCCCUCUUUAGGUACGGACUCAAAACAGAACAGGGCCAGCCGAUCCAAGCGAUUAGCUGCAGAUGCAGACAGCCAGGACGACACGAUUGCCUCAGCAGAGCAAGACGGGACCGAUACCUCACCGAGUCAGGAACCCUCGUUGUCCCACAAGAACCGGAUCACCAGUCUGAAUUCGCUCUCCUCUGUGAAUAGACAAGGUUCACGUGAUGGCAAUCCACUCUCGCGCCACAAGAAGAGCAAAAGCUAUUGCUCCAUGUCAAAGGUUGACUCGAUGGAUGCGACUGCCAAAAGUCAAGAGACGAAUUACCUGCCUUGCGCUCUGAAACUCGAACCAAUGAGAAGGGUAUCCAACAAAACUGCCAACACGCAUGGGGUGCAUGAGAAAUGGUCUGCCAUGACUACCAAUCCAAUCGUAGGGCAGUAG